UACAGUGGUCUGUACUAGAGUCCCUCUAGUGUCAGUGAACAUUGAGCAGAAGAGCUCUGUUCUGUCAAGUGUUUUAAAGUGAACCUUUGAGGCCAAGUCAAUGUACCUGGGAUCUUUCUUACAUACCUAUGUUACUCUUGUAGGGCUGACUGUUUCUUCGUACCCUGAAUUUCCUAGCCACUCACUAGACAUGCUCCGUAGGAGAACGUGACAGAGGGUGAGAGUCCACCCAUGUGUCAAGUGGAGAGUGGAGAGGACACGUCAUCUGUGGGGGAGGGCUGAAAGGUGACCUGGACGGCUCGAGGAUCAUCUUGGGGGGUGGUCACAACUUGGGCAAGUGGCAGGAGACCUUGUUUGCCCCUGUUCAGAUUGGACUGGCAGUUGCCUGCUUUUCCUUCAAACUGGUUGCUAGGUUGCAGCAACCUAUGACCUCACAGGAUUCCAACCCUCCUGGUUGGCAGGUGCUUGGCAGCACAGGUAGCCAGAAGCACCUUCUCAGAGCUUUCUCUACUCCUAGGGUCUCCUCAGCCUGGAGUAGGGAUAACGGGCUCACAUUCAGUGAGAAUCCACAAGAGGAGUUUGCACAGGGUCUGGUCCCGGAUGGGGCGAGACUUGGGCAGAAAUCAUGGCCAGUGUUCCAUCGAGUUCCCAGGCUGUGAGCCAGAGGCCCCACCCUGGCCCCUCCGGGCACCAGCCGGACGUGAUGCUGGACGCACAGAGACCAGGACCGCCAGCCCAGGCACACAGCAGCCCUCUGCCAGAGGGCUCCAGAUGGCGCGGGAAGCGGGAGAGGUCGGCCGCUCUCCAGGAGGAGUCGGAGGAGGCAGCCCUGGGCACGGAGGACGCCUGGGUCGUGGACAUGCUGUGCGGCCUCAAGAUGAGGCUGAAGCGACGGCGGGUGUCCCCGGUGCUGCCCGAGCACCACGAGGCCUUCAAAAGGCUGCUUGGGGACCGUGUUGUGAAAAGAUUCCUGGCCUGGGACAAAAAUCUGAGGAUAUCUGACAAGUAUCUCCUGGCCAUGGUCAUAGCAUAUUUCAGCCGGGCUGGCCUCCCCUCCUGGGAGUACCAGCGAAUUCACUUCUUCAUAGCUCUCUACCUGGCCAAUGACAUGGAGGAGGACGAAGGCCACAAACUGGCCAUCCUUUGGCUCCUCUACAGGAACGACCAUUCCAAGAGUCGUCUGUUCCACCAACGGAGAGUCCAAUUCGCCCAAUCCAUGGGCUGGAAGGCCUGGGUCUCCCAGGAAGCGUGUGAGGAGGUGUGUGAGCAGCUCGGAUCUGGGGGUGGGGGUGCCGGACUGCAGUGGGGGGAACACGGGAUCGUGGGAUGUGGAGGCGAGAAGGAACUGGAGGCUGGGUGA